GGCAUUUAUGAAUAGGGGAUCCUGGGAUUCUGCGUCAUUUCAUUGGUUGUUGUCACUGCAGUGAGCCUCCCCUUUGGCCGCCGCACGCCAUCAGGCCGUGGUUGAAUCCUCUCCUGCAGCGCGCAUCUCCUCUACGCGUCGGUGUGGGCCAUCCACGCCAGCCUCUUUGGCGGAUUUCUCUCUGGUUUGUGUUUAUUUUUCCAAGCGAACAAGAGGCGACGUUUGGAGGUUUCUGUGGCAGUGUUUGAUCUACGAGGGGAGGAGCCAGCUGUCGCUAAUACUUUGCGAGGAGACGGAGCGGCACAGGGAGGGUAGAAGUCUUCUGUCAGGGCAAAAGGAAGGCUAGGACGAUGCACAGUCCACUAGUUGAAGGCUAAUUUUACACCUACAGUGAAGGUUGAAGACGACAGCGUGGAGGAACAGAAGACUGGAGGGAGAUAAAGGGAACCACAAGAACAGAUCUUGGAAAGGCUCCGACUUAGUGAUGCUCCCCUCAGGCAGGGAUUACCUACUCUCCAUCCUCUCCCUCGCCGUGUCUCCCACUCUCCUCCUUCCUGCAGCAGCCGUUCAGCUCCACAACUCUCGCCGCGCUUAACCGCCCACACACACACAAACACACUGAGGCUUUUUCAUCCCUCUCAUGGUCGCUGGAUCAUCCUCCUCUGCUGCUUCCCCCAUUCUACUCCAUCAUGAAGAGGCCCAAGCAGCAGACGGGGCCCCUGAGCUUUUUGAACUUCUUCAGCCGGAAGCCCAAGUCGGAGGCCAGAUCGGAGAAGCCUGCGGAGGUGUGUCCGAAAGAUGAGGUGGCCAUAACCCUAACACCGAGCGAACACCCGGAGCAGGAUCUCAGUUUGUCAGCUGAGGACGGUGGAGGACCUCAAGCCACAGGAGCAGGAAAAGCAAAAGCAGGAGGAGCGCCUGAGCUCUGCGAGAAAGACGCUGCCCCUGAGGAGUGCGUGGGCAGGGUCAGCAGCGAGUCCACGGGGGUCCUGUCCCUCUCCUCCUGCAGCCAGGACAAGCUUCUAGAUGAACACCUGGAGGAGUGCCCGCUGUGCCUGCUCAGUCAACCGCGCUGCCAUUUCCCACGACUCAGCUCCUGCUCCCACAGGGCGUGCUCGGACUGCCUCCGCCAGUACCUGCGCAUCGAGAUUUCAGAGAGCAGAGUGGGCAUCGCCUGCCCGCAGUGCCCUGAAACUUUGGCACCACUAGACGUUCGAGCCAUUUUGGACGACAGUGCAUUGCUGGAAAGGUUUGAGGAGUACCAGCUGAGACGCUUCCUCGCCGCCGAUCCAGAUACUCGCUGGUGUCCUGCACCUGACUGCAGCUAUGCGGUGAUAGCCUACGGCUGUGCCGAGUGUCCCAAGCUGAGCUGUGGCCGUGAGGGGUGCGACACAGAGUUCUGUUACCACUGUCGGCAGCUGUGGCACCCCAACCAGACGUGCGACCAGGCCCGGCGUCAGCGAGCCCGGCAUACCUCAGGCAGCAAUGACCCCUCCGCUUUGUAUGUCUUCAAUGAAGAACCUGGAGGAGACGCAGAGGAGAUCAAAGCAUGUCCUCGCUGUGGUGCCUACAUCAUGAAGACCAAUGACGGCAGCUGUAACCGCAUGAACUGCACUGUCUGUGCCUGCCAGUUCUGCUGGCUGUGUAUGCAGGAGAUCACCGACGUGCACUACCUCAGCCCCUCGGGAUGUACGUUUUGGGGGAAGAAGCCAUGGUCUCAAACGCGUAAGAUACUGUGGCAGGUGGGGAUGUUGCUUGGAGCACCCGUGGUCAUCUCCCUCAUGGCGGGCAUAGCCAUUCCGGUCAUCAUUGUGGGAAUACCAAUCUACAUGGGCCGCAAGGUCCACGGCCGCUGUAAGAAAAACAAUAUCUCAGGAAGUAAGCACUACUUGACUGUGGCGAGCGGGGUGAUGAUGUCAGUGUUUGUGUCGCCAGUCAUAGCAGCUGUCACUGUGGGUGUAGGUGUGCCUCUAAUGCUGACGUAUGUCUACGGAGUCGUUCCUAUGUCACUUUGUAGAAAUGGCUGGUGUCGGCCGCAGAGUGAACCCCCGGAAAAUCACAAAAUCCAGCUGGAAGACUUAGCCAGCUACCUUCUAUUCUCUCAUGUAGUCAGUGAUCACUGGACGGGUCAGAGCAAUGCGACGGUCAGUGACACGACCAUCGAGGAAGUUAGAGUCAGUGUGCAUGAGUUGGACGUCGUCCCAAGUACGAGCACGACGCCUCCGGAGCCAAACCGGUUUGCGGGAGUGGAGGAACCUGCAAAAAGGCAUGGAUACACCCAGCAGGACAGCCAGUCUGACUGCGAAGUGGCGUCUGACAGCAGGGCAGAAGACACACAAGAGCACAGUCUGAGGGAUAGAAGUAAUAUAGAAGUUCGCGUGGAAAUUGAAACCCAUCCCAGAGGUGCUCGGCAGUUCAGCCUGAGUAGCAUCCUGUCCAGUCGGAGCUUAUCCGUGGAGUCACUGGGAAAGUCCCAGGACCACCCCCAUGCCUCAGAGCAGGGAGAAAGACGAGGAGAAGGGAUGGAGCGGGAGGAAAGGGAGAAACGAGGAGCGGAGGGAGACGAGGGAACUGCUUUCCCAGUCUUUGAAGUGGUCGACGUAUGAAACCCUUCAGAGUUUGUUUUCAUAUUUUUGCUGAAUGUUUAGACGGACAGACUUAAAGACUCGUCAGCCAAGGCGGCCUGCUGCUUCCAGAAUGGACCUUCUCACCAGAUGCCUUCUCGCUCCAUCCCCUAAGGAAGAUGCAGGUUCAGAGGGAGCAAAUGACGAUGGAUGUGUGUUUUUGUGUGUUUGUAUGUGCACUGAGGUCUAAACUCCGGAGGGCUAAAAAAGCUAACAUGAGAGCAUGACUGCUGGCUAACUCAGACUGUUUUUAUCCCUCUUUAUAUCUCUCUCAAUGAACCCUACCUCCUUCCUUCCCCUUCACAAAAACAAACUUUAUCAAGCAUGAUUUCUUUACAUCAGAGAAUCACAAGCCAUCCUGCAACAGAGGAAGACCUUUCUGUUCUUAAGUUUCAAUUACUGCAGUGAAUUGUGGGAGAGUUGACAGAAGAAGCAUGCUGCACAGAUGAGAAAAUCUAUACCAAGUUUCCUUUUUCAGUAGCUGCUGAUAUUUAUCACAACCAGACAUGCAAUUUCCUUGAUUAGAUGGGUUACAAAUACCAGGAAAAAUAACGUAACCGCUGAUCUGCAGUCUUCCACGGAGGCCACUGGGUGUGAUGUUGCAGUUUUCCGCCUUUUAGAAGAUCUUUGUUUUUUAAAGGCAAGAGGAAGACUUCCUUUAAAAAAAACCAACACUUUGCAGCAACACAGCAGUCUUAAUGUCUAAACGCUGCAUGAUCCUUUAAAGAGGUGUGUUUGUGUAUUUGGAAAAACACAUCGAGAUCCAUGUAUACACAAAUCCACAUGCACAGCAGUCUCUGGAACUGGAGUGUUGGGUUGCUGGGGGCAUUCAAAUCUAAAGACUCUCUAAAGCUACCACAGAGCACCAAAACGACGGCAGCCGCAUGCUACGGCAGGCUGGCUGUCAUGACGACCUUCAAGGUGUUAGUACGUACAGUUUAUGCACUGCUUAGCUUCCUGAGUGUGAAACAUUUAAGUGUACUUGAGAACCCAUGCUGGAUUGAGGGAAAAAGGAAUAAAAAUUUUAACAAAAAAGUGUGAAUUCUUGUCUUCAGUAGAGAUGGACUGGUAAGAUCUUUUUAUUAAUUAAAGAUGAAGAAUGCA